GGCACCAGAGAGAGAGAGAGGUGAGAGGAAACCAGGAAAGGAUCGAGAGAGGGAGUGGAGGAGGAGGGACCGGCAGUCUGAUGGCUGCCAAGUCGGACGGACUGUUAAAGAUGAAGAAGAAGAGCGACGUGGCUUUUACCCCUUUGCAGAAUUCGGAGCAUUCAUGCUCGAAGCAGCAUCAGGACCAUGGACAGCAGCAACAACAGCAGCAGGAGGAGGACGAGCACGAGCAGGAACGGGAAAGGGUGAGCGUAGCGCCCGGCUCAGCGGAGCUGUCCUCCCGCUGCUGCACGGGGCUGUGCCGGGGUCGCUGCCUGCGCUUCGCCCGACAACAGAGGUACACCCUAUGGGACGGCCUGUGGAUCGUGGCCGCGGUGACUGUCUAUUUCUCCGACGUUGGCACGGACGUGUGGCUGGCCGUGGACUAUUACCUGCAUUCCCGUUACUGGUGGUUCGGAUUGACUCUCUUCUUCGUGGUGCUGGGCUCCCUGGCCGUGCAGGUCUUCAGUUUCAGAUGGUUCAUCCACGACUUCGGCGCUAACAACGGAGCCGGUGCCCACAGCAGCAGCCCCGUGGAUGGCAAGUUACUGAGCAGCGCUGGGGGAGGUGGCGAGACCGACGCCCGAUCUCCACAACGUCAGCCUUCUACCACAAGGACCAAGAACAUCGGCAAAGGCAGCAAGGCAUCUUCAUGUUCCUUCUGCAUUUGGCUCCUACAGUCAGUCAUCCACAUCCUUCAGCUGGGACAGCUCUGGAGGUAUUUGCGCACUAUAUACCUUGGUAUCCGAAGCCGUCAGAGUGGGGAGCUCGACCGUUGGCGUUUUUACUGGAAGAUGGUGUAUGAAUAUGCAGAUGUAAGUAUGUUACAUCUGUUGGCGACAUUUUUGGAAAGUGCUCCACAGCUUGUGCUGCAGCUGUGCAUCAUUAUUCAGAGCCAUCGCUUUGAGGCACUCCAAGGCCUUACAGCUGCAGCAUCCCUUGUGUCGUUGGCCUGGGCCUUGGCAUCUUACCAGAAAGCUCUUCGUGAUUCCAGGAAUGAUAAAAAACCCAUCAGCUACAUGGCUGUUAUCAUUCAGUUCUGUUGGCAUUUCUUCACUAUUGCAGCCAGAGUCAUCACCUUUGCUUUGUUUGCAUCAGUUUUCCAGCUGUAUUUUGGGAUCUUCAUUGUCUUGCAUUGGUGCAUCAUGACUUUCUGGAUUGUUCAUUGUGAAACGGAGUUCUGCAUAACCAAAUGGGAGGAGAUUGUAUUUGACAUGGUUGUAGGAAUAAUCUACAUUUUCAGUUGGUUCAAUGUUAAAGAAGGAAGAACUCGGUGUCGACUUUUUAUCUACUACUUUGUAAUCCUCUUGGAAAACACUGUCUUGAGUGCACUGUGGUAUUUGUACCGAGCACCUCAAAUAACAGAUGCUUUUGCCAUACCAGCGCUUUGUGUUGUCUUUAGUAGUUUUUUGACUGGAAUUGUUUUUAUGUUGAUGUACUAUGCCUUUUUUCAUCCAAAUGGACCAAGGUUUGGCCAGUCACAAAGGUGUGCUUGCAAGGAGCCUGUGGCUACUUUCAAUUUGCCUGCAGAGACAGCAGCAAAUACUUUGAGGGCUAUGACCCAAAAUAGGGAACAGAAAUUCACAGAAAGGGAUGGUAGCAUGCCUGUUUUUCAGGUUAGAUCUACUGCACCCCCUACACCAUCUUCUCGCACUCCAAGGAUAGAAGAAACAGUGAUCAAAAUUGAUCUUUUGAGAAACAAAUAUCCAGCAUGGGACAGACAUGUUUUGGACAGAAGUCUACGAAAGGCUAUCCUUGCUUUUGAAUGUGUAUCUUCUCCACCUCAACUUCAAUACAAGGAUGAAGCCCUCAUUGAAGAACGGUUGGAGUAUGAAACUACUCUGUGAUAAGUUAACACAUUGUUUUAUUAAGAAAAUCACUUGCCAAACCAGAGGUUGAAAGUAGGGUUGUGGUGUAACAAUGGGUGGAAGAUUUUCAAUGUGUGCUGCAAAGAGAGAUAUGGUAAACAUAUUCUUUAUAAAUCAGAUUUUGAUGCACACAGUAUAUUGAUUUAAGUGCUGCCUUGAGCAUCAAUAUUAAUGAAUUUUGGUGAGGCAGACUAACAUUACUAUGAUUACCAUUUUGUUAGAACUUUAAUAAUAUGGUGCUAAUUCAUCUGCCAAUAAAAUUUACCAAAUUGGGCUUCUCUGAGCUGUCAAGAAUUCAAAAUGCAUUCUUUGCUGGCAGUAUGAAUAUGCACAUUUUCUAGUAUCUUAGAAUGAAUAAUAUUUGCAAAAUCUAUCUCUUCGAUUUAUGUAAUCAGGAGUUUAAAUUGUAAUUUUUUUUUUAAAUAUAUAUUGUGAACUAUAGUUGAAAGUAACUUUUUAAAUGGAUAAUCGUGAUAUUGUGAACUAAAUUUUAUGCAGAUGUUGAAAACAACCUUGGCAGCUUUCCAUUCCAGAUUAUAUCAUGAUGAGAACUGAAAUGGAAUUUUAAAUAUCUAAAUACAUGUAUAAAACUUAAGUAAAAGUAUCUGUACCAAAACACAAGCCUGCACUUCGUAGCUGUUUAGUAAUCUGAUGGAGCUUAUAGCCCUGGAUUUUUAAUAUCAGAAAUGGUUGUAAUGAUCUCAGUGUAGAAGUGAAGCAAAAGCUAUGAAAUUAUUAAUUUUGUUUCAACCUCUACAAAUUCAGACACACUCUAUUAGUGCAUUGGGUGAGACUUAUUUAAGUAGAGUAUAAGCACAUGCUGCCAAACUAAUUUCCAAAUAUUGGAAAGAGUUCUCAACAAACCCAGUUCUACUAACUGACUAUGAAAUUUCCCUCAAUAUUGAAAGCGCUAUUGAGCUACAAAUCCAGAUUGUAGUCAUUACUCGUGCAGUCAGAAUGUGCACUCUAUAAAAAGAAUAAUGAGGGGCAAAACGUUUUGCAGACUGUUGCAAGAGAAGAUUGGUAAAAUAAUUCCUACUUUGUUGAGUGUACAAUGGCAUUGCAUUCUGUGGCAGUAUAAUUGUAUAGAUCAAUUAUGAGUGAUUGGUUGCGACUGUGGUAGGGAGAAGCUUUAAAAUCAUUGCAUUAGAAAAGAUUGAACUUGCUUGUCAGUAGAAGCUGUUUUUACUUAUUGUACAAUAUUUAAGUUUCUGUUAUUAAUAAUUACCGAUACAAGUGCUUUUGUCUGAAAAAUCUAAAUUCAAAGAGAAUAUGCAAAGAAUAGGUUAGAAAAAUUGUUCUUUCUUUUCAAAAACAUUGUAAUUAAGAAAACUUUUAUAAAGGAUAAAAACUUGUUUCGGGAUUUUACUUUUUUGAUUAACUGAACACUAUGUAUAUCAUAUAUGUUAAAAGGUGUUUUAAUCUGUUAAUUUAGUGCAAGAUAAAAUUCCUCCAAUUUUCCAUAAUUUGCAUUAAUGUUUCAGUUGUACAGUAUUCUAUACAUGUCAGCCAUGGAUAUCUUAAUGUGUAGAUAUUAAAUGACCUCUUGCCAAAUAGGUUAUUAUUUGUCAAUCUGUACUUGUAGUCCUCUGGCAUUAUAGUAAUUUUGAAGCAGAAACUUUGGUCAGUAUUUCGAAUACAUAGUAUACUACAGCCAGAUUGACAGUUAUCAGUAAUUUGUGGAGGAUGAUUGCAGUUCAGAGAGUUUAGGUUGGGUGAAAAUGGUUCAUAUUGCACCAUUGAUUAAUUGAUAUUUUCAUCAAUCAAACAUAUAUCUGAUUUGUUGACUACAUUGAGUAGUUUUGUAAUUUUUACACAAUGAUAUAAAUUGCAGCAAAAGUCAUUUAUUCUUUGUCCCUAAAUUCAUAU